CUGUCUCUUUUUCCUCAGAGCCGGAUAAGUCAACACAGGAUUUAGCUUUUGUUGUCAAAUUACAUUAUUUGAUUGCUUGUUUUCAUUCGAAAACCACUAAUAACCCAACAUACAUUUUCGUUUUUCCUGCUCAGAUUUUUAUGCGCAGUGCCACGGAUUAACAUAUCCCUGCCAAGCGUGUCAUCUCGUUAGCAUCUGAUGAACUGUAUUAGCAGCAUACAGCUAGUGCAUAUCAACAGUGAAUGCUCUUGACAUUUUAGCUAACAGGCUAUUGAAUUGAAUUCGGCCAACGAUAAUUAAUGCUAAGUGCGGAUAACAUAUACUUAGGGAAAGGCAGGGGAGUCCUUGCAUUGUUGUGGACGGCAUGAGUUAUGGUUAUGGUGGCAGGAGAGGACGAAGAGGGGGUCGCAGGUUUGGCGAUGGAAACGAAGAGAGAUGGGAGCGUGGUGCAGGGCCGAGUAGUGGAGGUUAUCAGAGGAACUCGGGCUGGGAAUCACGGGAGGAACAUGGACGUGGAGGAGGGGGUGGCCCACGGGGUAAACAUCCUCCACAUCUGAAAGGCAGAGAGAUUGGCUUAUGGUACGCCAAAAUGGGUGGUGCGAAAAGAUCCGAACAGGAGAGGAAAUCCAGGGCCGUGGUUCAGAUGGAUCAGUCUAGAGAGCAGCACAUCACUGAACUACUAAAUUCGGUUCAACGAGUGCCCCCCGGAGCUAGCAUGGACACUGGCGCAUCCACCUCACAGUCCUGGAGGUCUAAGCCUCAAGAGAGCCAUCACAGUUACUUUGAUGGAGAUGAACCUCCUGAGGAAAUACCUGAAACAAAACCGGUAAUUAAGGAAAUCAAGCAAGAAAACGAGACAAGAAAAGAAACUACCUGGGACAAAGACCUUGAAUUCCUGUUUCAGGACAUAAUACGCAAGCCAUCCCUUGACCAAGAGCUCAAGAAAGACCUGCAGAUAAAAAGGGCUGAUGCUAAAUAUCUAGAUAUGUUGAAAUUCCGGGAAAAGCUUCCAUCAUAUGGAAUGAGAGAGGAGCUGGUCCAGCUAAUCCAGACCAGCCAGGUUGUGGUGGUCAGCGGGGAGACUGGCUGUGGGAAGACCACUCAGGUCACGCAGUUUAUCCUGGACGAUUACAUCGAGAGAGACAUGGGCUCUCUCUGCAGGGUGGUCUGCACCCAGCCACGCCGGAUCAGCGCUAUCUCGGUUGCAGAGAGAGUGUCUGCGGAGCGGGCUGAGAGUGUGGGCAACGGCAACUCUUGUGGCUACCAGAUCCGACUGCAGAGCCGGUUACCACGGAAACAAGGCUCUGUUUUGUAUUGUACGACGGGCAUUAUUCUUCAGUGGCUCCGCUCCGAUUCACACCUGUCCAGCAUUAGCCACCUGGUUCUGGAUGAGAUCCACGAGCGAAACCUACAGUCUGACGUUCUCCUCACCAUCGUGAAGGACCUGCUGUCGGUCCGGGAUGACCUGAAAGUGAUUCUCAUGAGUGCUACGCUCAACGCAGAGAAAUUCAGCAAGUACUUUGGUAACUGCCCAAUGAUCCACAUUCCUGGCUUCACAUACCCGGUGCAGGAGUACCUGCUGGAGGAUGUGGUGGAGAUGAUCAGGUACCGGCCGCAGAAGAAGGAGCGCAGGCCCAGGGGGAAGAGGGGCUUCAUGCACGGCCAGGUGGCGCGGCCAGAGAAGGAGCAGAAGGAGGCCGAGUACCAGGAGAGCUGGCCCUGCUACGCACGCACCCUCAGGGACAAGUACUCGGACAGCACCAUUGACGUAAUGGAGAUGAUGGAUGACGAUGACAGAAUCGACCUGGAUUUGAUCGCAGCACUCAUCCGACACAUUGUGAUGAAUGAGGAUGAUGGAGCCAUACUGGUCUUCCUCCCGGGGUGGGACAACAUCAGUGGUCUUAAUGACCUCCUUAUGGCUCAGCAGAUGUUCAAGUCAGAUAAGUUUGUGAUAAUUCCCCUCCACUCUCUCAUGCCCACGGUCAACCAGACCCAGGUUUUCAAAAGACCCCCACAUGGAGUGCGGAAGAUUGUGAUCGCCACUAACAUUGCUGAAACCAGCAUCACCAUAGACGACGUGGUGUACGUCAUAGACGGAGGCAAGAUUAAGGAGACCCACUUUGACACGCAGAACAACAUCAGCACCAUGACGCCGGAGUGGGUGAGCCUGGCCAACGCCAAGCAGAGGAAGGGGCGCGCUGGCAGGGUGUCUCCAGGGAAGUGCUACCACCUGUACAACGGCCUGCGGGCCAGCCUGCUGGACAACUACCAGCUGCCUGAGAUCCAGCGCACCCCACUGGAGGAGCUGUGCCUGCAGAUCAAGAUUCUCAAGCUGGGCUCCAUAGCCUCCUUCUUGCUUAAGGCUCUAGACCCUCCCUCAGAGAAGGCUAUCGAGCUGGCCAUAAGACACCUCAUGGACCUGAACGCUCUGGACAAAGAGGAGGAGCUGACCCCUCUGGGUAUCCACCUGGCGCGGAUGCCAGUGGAGCCGCACAUCGGCAAGAUGAUCCUGUUCGGAGCGCUGCUCGGCUGCUUGGACCCGGUGCUCACCAUCGCCGCCAGCCUCAGCUUUAAAGACCCCUUCUUCAUUCCAAUGGGGAAGGAGAAGCUGGCCGACAACAGGAGGAGAGUCCUCUCCAAGAACUCCAAGAGUGACCAUCUCACUAUUGUCAAUGCCUUCUGGGGCUGGCAGGAUGCCAAACAACGGGGCUACAGACAUGAGAAAGACUACUGUUGGGACAACUUCCUAUCCGCCAACACUCUCCAGAUGCUUCACAACAUGAAGGGCCAGUUUGCAGAGCACCUGCUGACUGCCGGCUUUGUCAGCUGCAAGGACCCCAGAUCCCCCAGCGCAAACAUCAACUCAGAGAAUGAGAAAAUCAUAAAAGCAGUCAUUGUAGCUGGUUUGUAUCCGAAGGUGGCCAAGAUCCGUCCCAGCCACAACAAGAAGAGGCCCGCGCCGGCAAAGGUGUACACCAAAGCGGACGGGAAAGUGUGUAUCCACCCCAAGUCUGUGAACGCAGAGGAGAGAGAGUUCCGCUACACGUGGCUCAUCUACCACUUGAAGAUGAGGACGAGCAGUAUCUUCCUGUACGACUGCACCGAGGUGUCUCCGUUCUCCCUGCUCUUCUUCGGAGGGGACAUCUCCAUCCAGAAGGACCAGGACCAGGAGACCAUCGCCGUGGACGAGUGGAUCGUCUUCCAGUCCCCCGCGCGGAUCGCCCAUCUAGUCAAGAACCUAAGGAAGGAGCUGGACUUCCUCCUGGAGGAGAAGAUCAAGAACCCAAAGCCGGUGGACUGGAGUGACCGCAGCUCUAAAGACUGUGCGGUCAUCUCGGCCAUCAUCGAUCUGCUCACCACUCAGGAGGCCGACAGCAGGAGCGGCCACACAGACUGGAGCGCUGCCCCUAGGGACGACGACCGGUAUGACUACUGAGCAGACUGGACUUUGAAAGAAGCAGAAGUGACCAGUGUGUGUACAGCCAUGACCUCCCGGCCCCCGCCACACACACACACGUACUGUGAGUGAGAGAGAGAGAGAGAGAGAGAGAGAGUGGUCACAGAAACCUGUGGCUCACACACCCACAUCUGCUUUUUCAUUAGGAGACAAAAGAACACACACCUGAAAUAAACAUCAAUGCAACUUCUGUGUUUAGGUUGUAAGUCUUUGAACAGAAAAAAAGGAAUUUUGUAUUGACCAUUGUAAAGGUUUCAUUAGUUUCUC